GCGUGACUCCUAGAAAUCGUUCUUUUACGCUAGAAGAAGCCAUGCGUGCCAGAGGGAUCUCAGUUCCUCAAGUCCUGCCUUUUUUAAGGCUUCCCCUGAUCCAUCUCCGGAAGCAUCUCGAAGCUGUCCCGUAAUGGAAAAACAGAUCCGAGAUGAGUUGCAAGAUGGAUUGGCGUGAGCUCCAACUCUUCCGAUCAUCUGCGACGAGAGUCGUAGAGUUUCGAUACAACUCGGAAUCUUGGACCCAGACUCGGUUUAUGCGUUGCACGUAGUCGACCUAUCUUUUGAGAUGCCAUCUUUUCGCUUGUUCCAAGUCCUGGAACAAGCUAAACGAUGCCCUUCUGAAAGAUGGGCUGCCGGUUGUGCCUCUAAUCAGUAUGCGUAACUGGCUCGCCUCUGUUAAGGCCUCGACUACCUGAAGAUCAUUUCGUACUUACAGGGUAGCACGCACUACUUGUAAAGGCGUCGACUACCUGAAGAUCAUCUCGUACUCACAGGGUAGAGCGCACUACCAAUCCCACUGUAAACUACUAAUCCCACUAUUGGUACUUAAAAGUGAAAUGCUUCAACCUUUAACUGGAGCAAGACUUUCGCAUGAGAAAGGAGGAAAAGGGGCACCAUCAACAAGAUUCUCCGCAAGAAGCAUUCUAUUUGAAGACAAGAAGCUAUAAGAUCUUCUAAAAGCAUGACUCUAUUUGGAGAAUAUUUGCUAUUUGAUAUCUUCUAUUUUCUAGCUAGAUUAGCGGGUGGAAAUCGUCAGGGAAAUCCUAGGCAGAUUGCCGAAUAGAUUCACGCCGACCCCUUCUAUCUUCUAUGUAUUUGAUAUAAUUCCCCGAGCCAACUCCGCUAACUAUGGCAGCCCGCUCUGUUUUCCUGAUUGAUCCUGAGUUUAGGCUCGCGACGAUGUUCAUGUAUCCCUGGCGCGUGGGAAGAAGUUUCAAAGAGAUCAUCCGGGUACUCGAUGCAUUGCAGGUACUUAUUUCUAUUCAAAUUUCUUAGUCAUGAAGCUGCUGCAGUAGAUUGGAGCUCUGGCUCUAGUUGGCAUACUCUUUUGUUUGAGAAAGUGUGAAGAUUUUGGUCUUCGUCGGUUGCAGACGUUAUUUCUUAAUGAAGAGGCUAGACUACAGGUAAAAGAUGCCUUACAGCUACUAAAAGAUGCAUCAAACAAAUUCAAAUCUUACGAAUAACCCCUACUGCUUCACCUUUUGUUCUAGACCACCUCAACAGUGAGUACACACCGGAACAACCAGGUUGUUCGUAAAAGUCGUAAUAUUAUUGGCACCCCAGCUGGCUGGGAGACGACAAGUCAAUUUUGUGUCGACGAUAGUGCGGUUGACAUCGUGGGUAAGGAACAGAUCAAUUUGAUCGAUGUGCCCAGUGGCCGCUCGUACAUGAAAUACUUAUGAGAAGGACUAGUUGUGGUGGAGUACAGGGUAGGAUGAAGCAGUAACCUAAGCGCUAGUAACACUGAAUAAAAGCACUAGGUACAUCAAUCAAUUAGUACUGGCCAACUGCUUAAUGAUUACUAUAAUCACCGUAUACUGUCGAGUCGUGGACCUCCCGUCUCCUUUCCGUUAGUCUCCAUCCAUCCGGUUAGUUUUUUCCUCGUAGUAAACCUUCGUUUUUUUUUCCCCACUGACUCUAAUCACGACCUAAUUGCACCGAUCCCCUUUCAUUGUAGUUCAUCUCCCCAUUGUUCUAAUCUCUAUCUACUCUCCCAGUGACUCGUUAGUCUGCUUCUCACCCCGCUCUCCCCAAUCUAAUCUCUAUCCACCCCUCUUCCGCGCAACCGAUUUAUGAGUCUGCCAAACAGUUGAAGGCUGACGUGGGCAACCCUUUUGCAUAUGGCGGUCCAUGCGGCGGCGAAAUUCAAACCGAGUAUGCCCGAAAGCACGACAUGGAUCAGACUUUGUAACGGAAACGGUCGUAAGGAUGAUCACAUAAUGUAAAAUAAGAUCAUGAUAUGGAGAUAUGGAUAGAAGGUAUGGAGAUAUGGAUACCAGGUAUUUAUGUGCGACAGCACUGUGGAGGAUUAUACUUACGACUGCACUGUAACGAAAACUGUAAGGAGGACGAACAAGAUAACGUGAGGAAAGAAGACACAAGACAACUACCUGCUAAUUAAACUCUUCUAUACCUCUUGAAUGGGUUCUGCACUACUAUACAACAUUUUAUACUUCGUAAGCAUUGGCGGGGUCUUGUCGACGAAUGAAGGUCGACGAAUUUAAGAGAGCUUUCAGAAGUGGCCAUCAUAGGAAACGAGAACGAGAAGUGUCACCAUAUUAUCUGUUCAUUAUUAUCAGAAUGUAUAGGAAGUUGGUACGGAAGUUGAUGCUGGCCGCAUGACUCUUAGUUAGGUAGUUUUAUUACCCGCAUUUUGUUCUGCUAGUGGUAAGUGGAAUAGACGUGUGAAAAUGUUGGGCUGUAUCUUAUUAGAACAGAGUCGUGUAGGAAAUGUGUUAGUCAGUAAAAAUGCACUAGCGUACUCCGUUGUAAUUUGGAAUAAGUUUUCCAUUCCUAUAGGUUUAGGUGCUUUCCAUGUCGUAAUGUAUAAGUCGUGGUAAUGUAAAUAGCAGUACUUCUGUGCGAUCAAGCACAAGUGAAAAAUAACUAAAUUCAUGUAUAUGUUGUGUACAGCAGUAGUGCAAAGUGUAGUUGACGUUUCUAACUAGAUUGAUAUGGUCGGGCUUAUGAUUGGUCUCCCUACUAGCGUAAACAGAGUACACAGAUAAUAUUCAUAUUCUUAUUUUGUAUGUUGAUUGAUAUAGAAGAAUUUGGCGUGUUUAUGUCACGAGUUUUGAACCAACAAUAAACUUAUUUGUAGUAAUAUACUUACAAUUACAUAGACUUCAGGGGACUACAACUACGAUCAGGCAUAUGAUAGAUUAGCAAAGAUUAUCGAUGUCACCCACAAAAAACCUACUACCAGCGAGAACUACAUUAUCAACCAUGUCGUAUACCA